AUGGAAAAUCAGCAGCAACUCGACCAAAAUUCAUCGACAACUUUAACGGGACCUGAGAAUCUAGAAAUGUCUGCGGCGGCGGCUUCCGCCACCGACGGCGCUGCGGCGGCAGCGUUGAGAUCGGUUCUGCAGCGGGUCCAUCAGGCGGCGGAGCGUUGUGGUCGACCUUCCGAUAGGAUCCGAGUAGUGGCCGUCAGCAAGACCAAACCGGUUCCUCUAUUACGACAAGUGUACGACGCCGGCCACCGUUGCUUCGGCGAGAAUUACGUCCAAGAGGUCAUCCAGAAAUCCCCUCAACUUCCGGAGGAUAUAGAGUGGCAUUUUAUUGGAAAUUUGCAGAGCAAUAAAGUGAAGCCUCUUUUGACUGGAGUACCAAAUCUUGCUGUGGUGGAAACAGUUGAUGAUGAGAAGAUUGCCAAUCACCUUGAUCGUGCAGUCGGAAACAUUGGAAGAAAACCUUUGAGAGUCUUUGUCCAAGUUAACACAAGUGGAGAAGAAUCCAAAUCUGGUGUCGAACCAGCUGCUUGUUUGGAGCUUGUCAAACAUAUUACUGUAUCCUGUCCAAAUCUCGUUUUCAGUGGCUUAAUGACAAUAGGAAUGCCCGAUUACACUUCUACCCCAGAAAAUUUCAAGACAUUGGCAAACUGCAGAGCUGAGGUGUGUAAAGAACUAGGACUAAAGGAGGAGCAAUGUGAACUGUCAAUGGGCAUGUCUGGAGACUUUGAGCUUGCUAUUGAAAUGGGUAGUACAAAUGUCAGAAUUGGAUCCACCAUAUUCGGGGCAAGGGAGUAUUCGAAGAAGUAG